AUGAGCCUGCACAAUCGGUUUUGGGCAUUGGCUGACCUUGGGGAUGGGGAUGAGAGCACUGAUGAGGAUGAUGGCAAUGACCCCUUUGAAGAUGAGAAGGGUGAGAUCUUUGGCUGUGAUGAGGAUGGGCAUCAUGAGCACUAUGAGAUCAUCUCCAAUGGCAUCUUUGACUGGGAUGCCUUGGAUGAGGCUUAUGAGCAUUUGCGCAUGGUCUUUGGUGGUGGUGGUGGUGAUGCUCCCUUUGAAGAUGGGCAUCAUGAGCACCAUGAAAUCAUCUCCAAUGGCAUCUUUGACUGGGAUGCCUUGGAUGAGGCUUAUGGCAUGAGCAUGAUGCUUGGAGAUGAGUGCACUGGCAUUGGCUGGGAUUCCCUGGAUGCUUAUGGCAUGAGCAUGAUGCUUGGAGAUGAGUGCACUGGCAUUGGCUGGGAUUCCCUGGAUGUCUAUGGCAGCAUGAGCAUGGGCCUUGGAGAUGAUGGUGAUGGGCCUAUCUCCAAAGGAAUCUGUGGCUGGGAUGCUCUGGAGGCCUAUGGUUGCAUGGAUUUUGGGUAUGGUGAGGCCUAUGGCAGCAUGAGCAUGGUGCUGGAUGAUGGUGGCACUGAUGAGAAUGGUGGUGGUGCUCCUUUUGAAGAUGGGCAUCAUGAGCACUAUGGGCCUACCAGCAAUGGCUUCUCUGGGCAGCAUGGGAAUGAUCAGCAGUGCAUUGGUGAUCUUUUUUUUGAUUGGUGUGAGUUAGAUGAGGCAUUUAAGAAGCAAAGGCAUGUGGCAUUAGCACAGAAAGUGAAGGAGUUAGUAGCAAAGAUGAGGUGGAGGAGGUCAAAGGCAUUUUGGAGUAUCAAAAAGAAGGAUGAGAAGGAGCAAAGGAUGAACAUGAGGCAGAUGCAAAGGAUGAGGAAAUCAGGCAACACCAUGAGCACCUACUUCAACUGGGAGGAGCUGGAUAAAGUAGAGGAGGAAAUGGAGAUGGGCCACAGGAAAAUGCAAACUUUGCAUUUUCCUGUGGCCCAGAUGAAGGAAACAUGCACCCCCAUGAGUGAAGAAGAGAAAUAUUUUGAGGAAGAUGAGGUGAUAGAAAGUGAGGCUGAAGCAGUAGCAGAGACAAAGGCUGAUGAGGGAAGCAAUGAGGUUAAGACAGAGGCAGCAGAAGAAUUGGAGUUGGAAGAGGAACCACAGCUGCCUCCCAAGAAAAGAGGGAAGAAGAUUGAAGAUGUGAUCAGAGUGGAAGAAGCAGAUGGAGCAGCAUGGCCUCAGCACAUCAGAGCAGCAUGUGGAAGGAAAAUCAGCAAGAAGAGGGAACUCCAGGCCAAGAAUGAGCAGGGAAGCAUCAGCAAUGAGGAGAAAAAAAAUCUGGGGAACAGCACCAAAAUGUUGAAAGGAUUGGAAGAGCCAAAGAAUCUUGAUAGAAGAGCAAGGCAUGUCAUUGAGAGCAUUGGAGCAAAGGUCAGGAGCCCCAAUCUCACAACUCAGCUAUCAGAUGUGGAGCAGCAGAUCAGAGCAGAGCUGAGUUGGAAUCAGCAUGAUUACCAGAUCUGGAGGAUUGCACAAACAAAGGAUGAGGACUAUAAGGAGCUCUUCAGCAGGCCAGAUCAGGCAAAACAGCAGAUGAGGAAGUGUGUGUUGCAUUUCUCUGAUCAGAUCCCAUUGUGGGUCAAGAAACCUAGCAACAGAGAAGUUUUUGCAGCACAUGAGGCCAAGAAAUCUGCAAAGGAUGUUACAAGCCAUAGAGAGAAGAUCAGGGAGGAACUGGAUAAGAAAGCGCAUGAGAAGGGCAUUGUAGAAACAGAAAAUCAGCAGAAGGGAGAUGAGGAAAAGGAUCAGCAGAUUGUUCCUCAUGAUGAAGGUGAGGAAUGGCACAUUCCUGAAGCAGCAGAUCGCAAAUCAUCAGGCAAGAAACAUUUGACUACAAUGAGAGAACAAAAUGUUGACAAGUAUCGCAUUACAUUCGAAGCUCAUCAGAGUGUCCUCAACUUCUUUGACCCUGAUGAGAACCCAUUAGGUGUGGUUAGCCCUGGCAUCCUGAUUGUGCCAGGACCACAUGCCUCUCUGGCAAACAUCAGUGAAACAGGAGAGUGGCUGCAGGAUGAGACCUACACCUACAUGGGACAGAAGAGAACUCAUAAGAAAGGCAACAAUGUGGGCAGGAAAAAUCAGAAGAAGCAGGAGAGCAUGAGCUUGGCUGCGAAGCAUGAGAAGGCAACCAAGAAGAAAGACAAGAAGAAUGCCAUCAAGAAUGAGGCAGUGAAGCUUCUAAAGAAAGGCAAAUCAGCACAGAAAGUUGAUGAGCCACCAGCAGGAGCUCCUCCAUUGCCACCUCCUGCAUUGCCACCUCCAGCGGAUGAGCCAGCAGCAGCCUAUGAGGUGCCAUCAGGCAAGUUCAGGAUCAUCAGUGAAUUUGCUGGUCCCAUGCUGUUUGGAAGGCAAGGACCUGCAAUGGGAGCAGGGGAAACUCAGAUACAGUUGCAUUUGGAAAGUGGUCCGAGGAAUUCCUUUGAGAGGGUGGCAUGGGUAGACAGAGCAUGGGUCAUGAGCAUCGAUGAGAGCAUCAAGCCUUCCUGGGUAUUUCCUCAGCUAUCCCUAGGCAGGCAAGCCAAGCAGCACAUUUUGCUGCAAUCAGGCACUUGCCAUGUGGAUGUUGAUGAGAUGGAUCUCCCUUGGGAUGAGGUGGAAUUGGUUCCCAAAGAUAUGGGUGCAGAUGGUUUGGAUGGCCAACACAUCAUCUAUGGGGGGUUGGUGCUAUGCUACAUGGCAUUAGAGAAGAAGCUGGAUGAGAUACAGGGCAUCAGCAUGCUCAGCCCAGCAUUGGUGUGCUCAUUGGCUGCAGACAACCCUGCUGACAAUGAGUUUGUCAGCCAUGAGCUCCUAUGCAAAUGUCUCAAGAAGAAGAUGGCUGGCAAAGAUGAUGCAUUUCUCUGCCCAUUGGCAUCUGGUGGCCAUUGGUCAUUGCUGGUGGUGGAUAAGCAUGCGGGUGAGAUCAGGUACUAUGAUUCCUUGUGUGGCUCAGAUGAUCGCAAAAAGAUUGGCACUGAGGAGGAAAUCAGCAACCUUCCAGAGAAAACUGUGGCAAUGGCAGAAAGAUUGCUGGGCAUCAUGCAAUCAUUGGGCUGCAUCAGUGAAGGCAUGCUUCACUGCCCAGCUUUGCAUAGGCAGAAUCAGAAAUCAAGACAGCCAUAUGGUAGCAACCUAUGUGGCCAAUAUCUUUUGGCAUAUGCUGAACAGGAGGUGAUGAGACAUCUGGGCCAUGGCCCUGCAGCUACUGGAUGGGCUGAACAUGCAGCCCAUGGGUGGCAUCAGCGAUUGCAGAAGCUCACACUGGCAUUGGCUGAUGAGAAGGAGAAGUACCACAAGGAUCUCCAGCAGCAGGAUGAGAAGAUCAAGGGCAAUGGUGCUAAAGCAUUCGAAGCCUUGCAGAAAACAUUGAAAGUGGCUGAGAUGAAGGUAAAGAAGGACCAGAUCCUGAAUGACAUGCAGAAGGAAGCCAUCAGAUUCCUCAAGGAAGGUGGCACCAUCCAGGAGGAUGAGCUGGGUGAGGAGUACCAGUCAGAGAUCUUGAGGAUCAGCUUGAAUGAGGUCGGGGUGUGUCCCAAAUGCAGGCAUCAGAGUGGAUGCUAUAAGUGCGACAAAUGGAAAUGCCUAAGGUAUUAUUUCAUGAGACAGGCACAUAAGCGAACAGGCAAGCCCAUUGAAAAACAAUUUCAAUGA